UUCUGCAAGUCUAAUAACCAUACAACAGAAUAACACAAUGAAGGAUGAUUUCAUACAUGACACAGAAAAGGAACCACUUAGUCCCAAAUCUGCAAGUAAUGGCUAUUACAAUCCUGCUUUCCAACAUGAUGAAAUACCAGAGAAGAAUAGCGAGUUACAGAAGAACAAGAAAAAAAAGAAAAAUGAGGAGUCAAAGGAAAAGAUGGUUGGCAUUUUGAAAUUGUUUGCGUAUGCCGAUUGGCUGGAUAUCAUUUUGAUGAUAAUAGGCUUGAUUGCAGCUGUUGCAAAUGGAACAGGGCUGCAACUUAUUUUUGUUGUCAUUGGAAAGAUGACAAACAGAUUUGUGACGAUUGGCCAAGCAGUAAAUAUGUCUUCAGCUGUGAUGAAUAGUAGCUCUACUUGUCCAGUAAUGCCAGGUUUGGAUAUAGAAGCUGAAAUGACCAGGUUUGCCUACUACUAUGCGGGUAUUGGCUUUGCUGUAGUGAUACUGAGCACCAUCCAAGUCUGGACAUUUCUGACCUCAGCUGCAAGACAGACAGCAAGAAUCCGACAAAAGGUUUUUUUUGCAGUACUUCACCAGGAGAUGGCUUGGUUUGAUAUCAGCAAGAUUGGAACGUUGAACACCCGACUGACGGAUGACAUUAACGCCAUCCACGAAGGCAUUGGAGACAAGUUCUGUAUAUUUGUACUAUUCUUUUCCACGUUUCUGACAGGGAUUGUUAUAGGAUUCGUCUACGGAUGGAAACUGACUUUGGUGAUUUUGUCAGUUAGCCCUCUCCUUGUUGCAGCAGCAGCAGUUGGAUCAUUUUUCCUGGCAUCAUUCACUACAAAAGAGCUGACUGCUUAUGCUAGAGCAGGAGCUGUGGCGGAAGAAAUUUUGACUUCUAUCAGAACAGUUGUUGCUUUCAAUGGAGAGAUGAAGGCAUUAGCAAAAUAUGAUGUUAACCUGGAGAAUGCUAGGAAAGUUGGAGUAAAAAAAUCCAUUACCACAUACACAUCUUUGGGUUUCACAGAGUUUAUUUCAUUUGGAGCCUUUGCUCUUGCAUUUUGGUACGGAAUCAAACUCACAGUGGAGGAGAAAGAGAAUUAUGACAUCGGACAUGUGCUAAUUGUAUUAUUCUCUCUGCUCCGUGGCGCAUCCUACCUCAUCCAGGGCUCCCCACACUUGGAAUGUGUUGCCAAUGCUCGAGGUGCUGCCUAUGAAGUGUACAAGGUCAUCAGUAAGCACCGUCUUCUAGAUAGCAAUGCCAAGGAAGGAUACAGACCAGACAAGCUCAAAGGAGAAAUUGAAUUCAAAAACAUCCAUUUCAGUUACCCAUCCAGACCUGAUGUUAAAAUUCUCAAGGGCCUGAACCUAAAAGUUCAAUCGGGGAAGACCAUCGCUCUGGUUGGCUCCAGUGGAUGUGGCAAAAGUACUGCUAUUCAGCUGCUACAGAGAUUCUAUGAUCCAGUCCAAGGAGAGAUUACCUUAGAUGGACGAGAUAUUCGGACACUUAAUAUAAAGUGGCUAAGAGAAUGUAUUGGCCUUGUAAGCCAGGAGCCUAUUUUGUUUGCUACAACAAUAGCUGAGAACAUUCGCUGUGGCAGAGAGGGUAUUACUGAUUCUGAAAUUGAGAAAGCAGCUAAAGAAGCCAAUGCUUUUGAUUUUAUAUCCAGACUGCCUGAGAAAUUUAACACCCUGGUGGGGGAAAGGGGAGCUCAGCUGAGCGGAGGGCAGAAACAGCGAAUUGCUAUUGCCCGUGCCCUGGCAAGGAAUCCCAGGAUUCUGCUGCUGGAUGAAGCCACGUCUGCUCUGGACACUCAGAGUGAAUCUAUUGUGCAAGCAGCUCUUAAUAAGGCUAGGGCUGGACGUACCACCAUUGUGAUAGCUCACCGGCUCUCCACAAUCCGAACAGCUGACAUUAUCGCUGGAUUUCACAACGGUGUUGUUGUUGAACAGGGAGCACACAAUGAACUCAUGACACAGAAGGGUAUCUACUAUUCUCUUGUGAUGCAGCAGGGUCAUGGUGGAAACACUCAAAAUGAGAUGUCAGAAAGUGAUGAAGAGACAGAAGAUGAAGACUAUGAGGAAGAGGAUUUAGAUGAUCUCAGGAUGGAGAAUCUGACUGAUCUUGGUGGUUUUGAAAAACCAGGAAUCACUGAGAUGGGAAGCAUUCCUAAGAGAUCCGUAAGGCAUACAAGCAGAAAGACUUCUUCUAAGAAAACGUCGUCUGAAAAGAAGAAAACAAAGGAGAAAGAGGAGGAAAAUCUCCCUGCUGUGCCUUAUUCCAGAAUUCUGGCUCUGAACAAACCUGAGUGGCUGCAUAUAUUCUUUGGCGUGAUUGCUGCUGCCUUCUCUGGUGGCGUCCACCCUGCAUUUUCUGUUAUAUAUGGAAAAAUAAUUGGGGCUUUUGAAGAAACAGAUCCUGAAAAAAGGAGCAAAAACACCACAUUGCUUUCUCUAAUGUUUCUUGUCCUGGCAGUGAUCAGCUUAGUAACACACAUCAUCCAGGGAUUCAUGUUUGGAAAGUCUGGGGAAGUUCUGACCAAGAGAUUGCGAUCUUUGUCAUUCAAAGCAUUGCUUCAGCAGGAGAUUGGCUGGUACGACGAUCCUAAAAAUGCCAUAGGGGUUUUGUUAACCAGACUAGCUACGGACGCUUCACAAGUCAAAGGGGCUACUGGAAGCCGACUUGGCUUGUUCACUAAGACUGCCUCUACCCUUCUGUCCGCCAUCAUUAUUGCUUUUGUAUAUGAUUGGCGAUUAACUUUGCUUAUCCUGGCUUGCAUUCCUUUCAUUAUUGCUGCAAGUGCUAUUCGACUGAGCUCUGUGGCUGGUCAUGCAUCAAAAGAUCAAAAAGCUUUUGAAGAGGCCGGAAGAAUUUCAGUGGAAGCGGUUGAAAAUAUAAGAACUGUGGCUUCAUUAACUAGUGAAGAUGCAUUCUAUGAGAGAUAUAAUGCAAGUUUGAAUGGUCCAUACAGUUCAACAUCAAACUGCAUAUCCCUGUUUUGGAACAUUGCCUCUCUUACAGGACGGGCUCCCUGGUUGGACUACAUCUCCCAUGAUGCAGUGUGGUCUCCCUUCUGACUGAGUGGCAUAAUGCAUUAUCGGAGUCCCAUAGCUAUGGGCGCAAAGCAGAAAUAUUCAGAUCAAACCAACCCAGAAUAAAAUAUUUUGUUACUUUUUUCCCAAUGGAAAAUUUGAAAUGUGCAGAAAUUGCAUUUUCUGUUCAAAAAUCAUUUUGUCAGAACUAGUACCAGAGUCUGUCACAGCAAGGUCUGCACAUAAUUAGAGUGAUUUAGUUUUACCAUCCCACACAACAACA